AAAAGCUGGGAGCUGCAAACAAUUCACGGACUAAUCCACUCUUGUUGAAUAAGGCAGCACGUAUCACAAAACGAACACCAACAGCAACACCCAAACAAGGAAUUUGAUGAAGACAAUGGAGCAAAGCGAAAGGGAAACACAAAAUGGAAGAACAGAAUUGAAAAAAUAAGGCCAAGAAGCCUCAGAAACAGGGCAUCGCCAGAGCAGAAGUGCGAAAUGCGGAGUUUCUCUCCACCGGCUCUCACGAGAGGAGAGAGGAAACCCAGAGCGAGAGGAAGGGGAAUAACGGAGCCCCCUGUUUCAUUACAGCCUUUGCAGAAACGAUAUCAAGAUUCAAUAGUCAAGGUCGCGGUCCAAGGCAUAGCCGUUGCAGAAACCAUACCAAUAUCGAUGGUGUAGGGGUUGAGGAGAUGUUGUAAGAUCUCCGGUUAGCGUCUCAUACCGUCCCAUUUCCCCUCAUCUUGGCCGAUCAUCACCAAGGCAACAGCUGAUAGCACACUUUAGUGACUUUACAGACGAGCUUGGCUGGGAUACUGAGCCUCCUUUUCCCCUCCCAAAUGAAGAUGCUACAAAAAUAGAGUUAAUAUGGAGAACAACGAAGCAGGUCUACGCUGCACUGACCAUCUGUGCCACAGCUUGUUACCAUCAGACGAAGAAGUAUCUGAUGAUGAUUGCUUAUUACGAAUUGGGGAAGAUAAGGAAGGGUUAUUUUGUGAUGGAGGAGAGAAAGGGCUUGGUCAAACAUCUGAAAUUGGUAAUGAUAAAUGUUAUAUGAUGGAUAUGGAGACGUUAGAAGGAACGAAUGUAGGUGAGUGUGUAGACUUAAAUGGCAAGGAUUACAGUAAUUUGAAUAUGGAUGACAUGAAGGAUGUUGUGUUUAGCAGCGUAUGUGAAGCUGAAAAGUUCUAUCAUUUAUACUCUCGUGUUAUUGGAUUCAGCACAAGGAGGGACAGGAAGGUUAGAGCAUAUCGUUCCGAAUUUGUCAUAAGAAGGGAGUGGGUAUGUUCGAAACAGGGCAAAGCAACGAUUAAGGUCAAGAAACAGGGAGUGAAAGAAAAGGGGAAGAGUCCGAUCCAAGCCGAGAAGAAGAAGAUGAAGAGGAAUCAAUGCCCAAGGGGUAAAAGAUAUAGCCGAGUUGGAUGCAUGGCCGCAUUUGGAAUUCGAUACUGCGAGGAAAGGAAGAAGUAUUUCGUAUCAAAGUUCAUAACCAAUCACAAUCAUGAUGUUGCUGUUUCGGAAGAGGUUCAGUUCCUUCGUUCUCACCGAGGAGUGAAUGACAGCGUCAUUGCCCAGGUUGAGGCUCUACAGAAAGCACAAGUGCACAUAAGCCGGAUAUAUGAACUCCUUGUUGAGCAAGCAGGUGGGCAACAAUUUCUGCCGUUCACCCUCAAAGAUUUGUACAAUGAACUUGAUAAGAGGAAGAAAGCAGCGGGCUUAGAUGGGGAUGCUCAUUCUGCCAUCACUUGGAUGCAAAUCAGGGCAUUGGAAGAAAAACAAUUCUACUGCAAGUAUAUAAUAGAUUAAGAGGGAAGGUUGGCAAACUUGUUUUGGCGGGACCGGCAAUUUCUGUUGGACUACAAUGCAUAUGGUGAUGUACUAAUUAUGGACAGUACUUACAAAACUCCAUCUGGUUGUCUUUGUCGGGUGCAAUAGCCACUGAGCCACUGUUGUUUAUGGGUUUUCCCUUAUAGGCGAUGAGAAGGAGGACACUUAUAGUUGGGUAUUUCAAAAAAUUUUAGCAGCAAUGAACCAAAAGCACCCGAUAUCCGUUUUAACAAAUGGGGACGAGGCAAUAAGGAAUGUUGUGGAAAAUUUAAUGCCAACAGCCAGACAUAGAUUAUGUGCGUGGCACAUUGGGCGAAAUAUUGGUCAAAAUGUGAAGGUUGAGGAAGUGCAGGAGAGCAUUGGGAAGUUGAUUUAUGCUUCUUUAACGGUUCAAGAGUGGGAGGCUGCUUGGCACACACUUGUUUAGACACACGGACUUGCAAACAAUGCAUGGGUAACUUCUUUGUAUAACAAGCGGGAACGGGGAUACCUCUCUUGGUGCCCCAAGGUCCUCUUUAUAUUGAUGAAUCCUUGGCCAAUUAAGGAUAGCAUCAUGUGCAUUGAUACAGGGAUAUACCUAAACCAAUUACCUUAAUAGACCUUUUUCUGGAACCCCGAGAACCCUAGCUGAUUUACCAUACCAAAACUCUUGUUUGCCAAGUUAAUUAUGAUUUUAUGAGACAAAUACAAACACGGAUUUCUCAA